UCUGUUUAUUGUGGUCGUUUGCAUUCGUAAGCGUCAUUACGAGAUUUGUUCAAUAAUGUAACAACUUGUUUACUUCAAAAUAAUGUAGUUGGUAUAAGGAUUCUUUGUAGUGAUGUGAUAUUUGGAGCUGAUUAUUGAGACUAAAAUAUUUACUUGUGUUCAAGAUGUAUACGCAGGCUAUUUUUUGGACUGUUUUGGUUUUAAUAUGCGUUGCGGAGGCGGGGAUGAUGGGUGACCAGUGCGACUGGACUGGCAGUGGCUUAACAUCGAGUGCGGAGAGAAGUGUGACACCGGUGUAUCUUCGAUGUCGCGAGGGUACCGUGUCGUGGAUGUACCCUCGUGGAGCCUUACGCAUAAUAUUCCGUCCAUCCCUGCCGGGUUAUGAGCGUGAAUUUAAGGUCUGCGUGCGGGUGAUAAGAAGGCCUGAUCCACCCGAUCUCUUCCAUACGUUGCGAUUGAAUGAAACAGAUUCCGUCGAGCGCUUUCCAGCGCGUCUGUUCAUAGAGCGCACUAGGAAGCUGGUACCCUUGUAUGCGCCGGACGACGGUGACCGCCGCGAACUUCGCUGUUUUCGAAGCAAACGAAUUGAGGCUGUCCUUUACGUGGAGGCCGAGCCAGAGGAUGGACUAAAAAAACGAGUAGCCACCUUCAGAUAUGAGGCCCAGCCUAUAGUACACCGGCAUUACGACCCCGCCACCGCUGACUGUCGACCCUGCUCCGAGUCUGAGAUGGAACUCGCUUUUUGCACUAGCGAUUUAGUGUCUCGAGGUGUGAUUAUAAGCAGCGAGCCGCGUGAAGAUUUGGACACCACACAACUGACAGUCAGGUUGACUAAACUUAUACGUGCCACGGGUCGCAAUGAUGAGCAUAAGGAUGAUUCAGAAGGUGUCGGUGAUGAUGAUUACUAUAGGUAUGAUGUAGACAACGUGCUAGAACGCAGCACGCAUCGCAAGAGCGCUCGACGACGUUCGCGCAAACCGCGUAAUCACGAGCACGGGCUGCACGCGCACGUGCACGUGGCAGCGGCGUGCGGCGCGGCUGCGGGCGCUGGUGAGUUCCUCGUCAUGGCACGUCGCCGCCUCGGACGGUACUCGCUCGUGUGCGCACCGCGCCUGCACCACUGGGAACAGCUCGUAAGCAGUAGGAACGCAGACGGAACGGCGCACUGCUUACUGCAACAUUGAAGAGCAAACGGCACUAGCGUAUGUUCGUAUACCUUCAUAAAACAAAUCAAAAGUCAGUAGUUAACACUACAUAGAAGGAUGUUAAAAAAAUGUAUAGACAAGCUCAUUUUGACAAGCAACAUGUGAACAUGUGUUCCUUAUAUUAAUAUAGGGAUCGCAACACCAAGUUAGUGUGUCGUCUACAUACGCAAUUAUUUUAAUACUAGUUUUGAAAUUAAGCUUCAGAUCUCUUUUUUAUACGAAAAAAGGUACAAAUACUUGCCACAAUUUCCUAUGCGUGUUGUAUUUUAGUGAAUAAAAAGUACCCAGACCGUAUACCUUAUUAACAUCAUAUCCACCAGAUCCACACA